UAGAGGUAGAAAGUGUUUUAAUGUAGAGUUCUAAAUCUUUUUUAAAGGCACACAAAACAGGUCGGGUAUUAAAAGAAACUUACAUUUAUGAAUAUAAAACUUAGCCAAUAGUAUAAUGAGGUUGCAAAGGUAAAUUCCUUUUCAAAUGUUUUUUCAUACAGUGUAAAUCCAAAUAUCACAUUUUUAAAACAAAGCACAAAUUUGUCAUGAAUAUUGAAAAAAAGGAUGAAGGGACAGAUUUUUUUUUUCCCCCCACCGCCAAAUAAUUAAAAUAUGACGUCAGGACAGGCGGAACCUUGUAGUAAUCCAAGUUCUACACGGACAUUUGGAGUGAACGGACAAGAUGGAGGUCGCAGCAAAAAAAAACACUUUUGUUUGUUUUUGUAGCAUACAUAAUCAUAUAACGAUUAACUAGCACAAAUCUGAACAUAUAUAUACAUAUAUAUAUAUAUAUAUUUUUUUUUUUAAUUCAUCAUGUCUGAAACUUUUUCUCCGGACGAUGAAGUCCAAGUUGAUAACGAUGGAGUUGGUCAAAGUGUUGUUCCAGAACAUUCCACUCGUCAGGAGGACAACUUGGCCGCCAAGCAGCCUUUGGUGCCCGCCUUCAAGCAGAUGAAACUGGAAGAAGAAGCCCAGAAGAACUGGGACUUAUUCUACAAAAGAAACACCACGCAUUUCUUCAAGGACCGACAUUGGACCGGCAGAGAGUUCGAGGAGCUCAAGGCGUGCAGAGAGUCAGAGUCCCAGAGGCUGGUUCUGCUGGAGGCCGGCUGCGGUGUAGGGAAUUGUAUCUUCCCUCUGCUGGAAGACGAGGGCAACAUCUUUGUUUACGCCUGUGACUUCUCGCCAAGAGCUGUGGACUUUGUCAAAAAUAAUCCUCUUUACAGUCGCGGUCGCUGCAGGGCCUUCCAGUGUGACCUGACCCGGGACGACCUGCGCGACAACAUUCCCGAGGCCAGCGUGGACGCGGUCACGCUCAUCUUCGUGCUGUCGGCCAUCCAUCCCGCCAAGAUGGCGCUGGCCGUGCGCAACGUCAGCACGGUGCUGAAGCCCGGCGGCGUGGUCCUGUUCCGGGACUACGGCCUGCACGACCACGCCAUGCGGAGGUUCAAAGCGAGCAGCAAACUGGCGGAGAACUUCUACGUGCGCCAGGACGGAACCAGAUCCUACUUCUUCUCCAAAGACUUCUUGGCGGCGCUAUUCUCGGAGGCGGGCCUCCUGUGCCAGGCUAACGAGUACGUCAUGAGAGAGACGGUCAACAAGAAGGAAGGACUUUGUGUUCCCAGAGUUUUCCUGCAGAGCAAGUUCAUCAAAACCGGGCCGCCAUCAGAACCCCUGACCACGGACUUGGGUGACGUCACGCAGACGUGCGGAAAGUCGCAGAAGCGGGACCUUCCUGUUUUGCAUCAAACCAAAAGUAAAGCCGUCCAUGGUGUUACUGCUCGAAAAGAUCCUUCAUUCAUCACUCCGAGCAACGUUUAUAAGUUUUACAAUAUAACUAAAACAAUUCUUACUUACCAAACCGUCCCAUGUGUGAUGUGUGUAAGAGUGUUUUCGUGCAUAUUUAUAUGCGCUAUUGUAAUGCAACGACAAUAGCGUCGUUAUUCUUAGCUAAU